ACCCCAAAGCGAAUGGUAACAGAAGACAAAAACCUAUGGGCAUAACUGUCUUUACCUUAUCCCUCGCCAACGCCAGAAAUUUUAUAAAUAACCAAACGCAGCGUUGUGUCUUUUUUUCGUUCGACUCAUCUCCAAAGAGAAGCUUCAAAAAAUGGCUUGCAAAACGAUUUUGCGUUCCGUUUUCGUAUCGGAAUCACGACGGACUUCCGGCGCACGUAGAUGCUUCUUUCUCCCUCCUUCUCCAGCAUCAGUUCCAGUCCAUGGUUUGUUCCCGGCGCCAAAGAGUCUAUGUUUCAAUGGUUUUGCAUCUGUUCCCGAGCGGGCUACUCGGCUUAAUUGCAGCCAUAACGAUCAAUCCGAUCAAGGUCCGCCUCAAGAAGCUGUUCUCAAGGCAAUCUCAGAAGUGUCAAAGACUGAUGGGAGGGUUGGGAAAACUACUAACAUGAUUAUUGGAGGCACUGUGGCUGAUGAUUCUGCUAAAGAUUGGCUCGAACUUGACCAAAAGGUCAAUACAUACCCAACAGAAAGAGGGUUUACUGCAAUUGGGACUGGUGGCAAUGACUUUGUGCAUGCUAUGGUUGUUGCUGUUGAAUCUGUUAUUGACCGACAAAUUCCAGAGGACUGUGUAAAGCAGACUUUAUCAAGCAAAGGAAAAUAUGUGUCGGUGAAUAUUGGCCCUAUCCAAGUCGUCUCUAGUGAGCAGGUUCAAGCUGUGUAUAAUGCAAUGAGGAGAGACGAAAGAAUGAAAUACUUCUUGUAGGUUUGAAGUGUGUAGAAUCACGGGUCUUCUCUUUUCUAUCUUCUCCAUUGCGACUAUGUAAAUUAUGCAGUGUAAGGCCACCAUUAAUUAUUAUUUAUACUUAUCUACACUAACUUCUGUUAGACACUCCUUAGACAGUGUCUUAUGCAUCUGAAGGAAUUAGUGGAUAUAUCAAAAAAUGACUUAUACGCAGAUGAUAGUUAGAUAAAGCUUAAUAUUUGUUUUAGGUGGGAUGGGAAAAUCCCUUCGUAUUUCUCUGAAGUAGAGUUGGAGUUGGUUCUAAGAUUAAUACCCAGAGAGUUGUAACUUCUUUUACAAGUGAGGGGCCAGGGUCAA